AUGAGAUUCUCCAUCGCCAACAUCACGACCGCCGCCCUGGUCCUCCUCCUCAACGCCGGCCCCACAGCCGCUUCCCCCGCCGACAUCGACGUCCGCGACGCCCCGCGCCCCGCCGCGAACCUCUGCUGCUGCGACAGCAGCCGCCCCGGGUACAACUGCAAGGUCCCGGAGGCGCAGGGCGGCGCCGAGGACCCCAUCUGCACCCUGCAGCUGUGCCCGCACGAGCCGGAGACGCAGAAGCAGUGCUGCUGCUGCUUCCCGAACUCGGAGGUUUUCCCCGUCAAGUGCAGUGCGAUCCCGAAGGACGAGGAGUGCAACUGCCCUGCGGUCUACUGCCCCUUCUCAUACGGCGAGAAGUACUUGCCUGGAUACCCCUGGACCCCGGCUGCUUGA